ACGAACAACGCUCUCUCUUUGCCGCAUCUACUGCGAGGAUGAAGACCAUUCUCAGCAAUCAGACGGUCGACAUCCCGGAGAAUGUGGACAUCACCCUGAAGGGACGCACGGUGAUCGUGAAGGGCCCCAGAGGAACCCUGCGAAGGGACUUCAAUCACAUCAACGUAGAACUCAGCCUUCUCGGAAAGAAAAAGAAGAGGCUCCGAGUUGACAAAUGGUGGGGGAACAGAAAAGAGCUGGCUACGGUUCGCACCAUCUGCAGUCACGUGCAGAACAUGAUCAAGGGCGUUACACUGGGCUUCCGAUACAAGAUGAGGUCUGUGUAUGCUCACUUCCCCAUCAACGUUGUUAUUCAGGAGAAUGGUUCUCUUGUUGAAAUCCGAAAUUUCUUGCAUGAAAAAUAUAUCCGCAGGGUUCGGAUGAGGCCAGGUGUUGCUUGUUCUGUAUCUCAAGCCCAAAAAGAUGAGUUAAUUCUUGAAGGAAAUGACAUUGAACUUGUAUCAAACUCAGCUGCUUUGAUUCAGCAAGCCACAACUGUUAAAAACAAGGAUAUCAGAAAAUUUUUGGAUGGUAUCUAUGUUUCUGAAAAAGGAACAGUUCAGCAGGCUGAUGAAUAAGAUCUGAGUUGUCCAUCUGCAGAAACAGCGAGAAGCCGGAUGAUUUUUCAGACUUAUUUGUGAUAUUUUAAAGAUGCAAUAAAAGCUAUACUGAUUAAAAAAAAAAAAAA